CAACUUUUAUGAAUCAGGAUUGGGAUAGGAUGAACCGAUAAAAGGUGGUAUUAAUAAUCCUCCAUAUACAUAGUACUCCGUAUAUCAUUACCCAAGGUAUAUUCAGGAAUCUUCCACACACUCGUAUUCCCUCUCCAAACUGAUCCGUAGUGGGCGUUGCUUGACGUAUUGGAUCUGCGCCAGCACUCACGCUACACCUUUAGCUGCCUCGUAUAUUUGCAAACCGGAUUCCUCUUCAAUUCCUUCACAGCGGCAGAAAACAUUCAACCGAGAGAUGGAUGUACGAAUCACAGAGACUGAAAACCAUGUAAUUCAGGUAUGUGGUGAUGUGCCAUCUCCACACGUGGAGGAUGUUGUUGGUAGUAAUAAGGCAGUGUGUGGAGAAGCACCAUGUGGAUUUUCAGAUGCAAAAACGAGUAUAAGGGACACACAAGAGAGAUCAGCAUCAAUGAAGAAACUCUGGAUUGCUGUUGUUCUCUGCAUAAUCUUUAUGACUGUGGAAGUCAUUGGAGGCAUUAAAGCUAACAGUCUCUCAAUAUUGACAGAUGCGGCUCAUUUGCUUUCAGAUGUUGCAGCUUUUGCAAUAUCAUUGUUUUCAUUGUGGGUUGCUGGAUGGGAAGCUACCCCACGCCAGUCCUAUGGUUUUUUCAGAAUCGAGAUACUAGGGGCUCUGGUUUCUAUUCAAAUGAUAUGGCUUCUUGCUGGAAUCCUUGUUUACGAGGCCAUUGAUCGAUUAAUCCACGAUACAGGUGAAGUACAGGGCUCCCUCAUGUUUGCUGUUUCUGCUUUCGGGCUGGUGGUUAAUAUAAUCAUGGCUGUCUUGCUUGGUCAUGACCAUGGGCAUGGUCAUGGUCAUGGUCAUGAUCACGGGCACAAUCAUGAUCACAGCCAUGGAGAUGCUCAUAGUCAUAAUGAUCAUGACGAUGUGCACAAAAACGGUCUGAUAGCGAGUCGGCAUCAUCACCAUCACAGUGAGCAUGAACCAGAUCAUGCCGUGCCCCUACUUAAGGCAUGUUCUGAAGAGUCAAAACGAGUGAAAAAGGAGAAGGUGAGGAAUAUAAACGUGCAGGGAGCUUAUCUUCAUGUUCUUGGAGAUUCAAUUCAGAGUGUGGGUGUUAUGAUUGGUGGAGCAAUCAUAUGGUACAAACCAGAGUGGAAGAUUAUUGACCUCAUCUGCACUCUAAUGUUCUCGGCUCUCGUGCUGGGGACAACCAUUAGGAUGAUACGCAAUGUUCUCGAGGUUCUGAUGGAGAGCACACCCAGAGAGAUUGAUGCAACAAUGCUCGAAAGGGGUCUAUGUGAGAUGGAGGAGGUUGUUGCAGUUCAUGAAUUGCAUAUAUGGGCAAUAACUGUGGGAAAGGUGCUCUUAGCUUGCCAUGUCAAGAUUAAGAAGGAAGCAGAUGCUGACGUUGUACUUGACAAGGUAAUUGACUAUAUAAAGAGAGAAUUCAAUAUUACCCACGUCACCAUUCAGAUCGAAAGAGAGUAGUAGUGUCUGUUGAAUGACCGGAGAUGUGUUUUGUAGCUAACGCACAUCAUUUUGGUUUGAGAAUCUACAUAUAUUAUAUAUGGCGACUGUUUAACAAAUUUUCACCACCCAUUGGCUAUUGGGAGCUUAAUAUGUGUUAGAUUUGACAAUAUGGCUUCAUUCCUCAUGUUCAUUAUUACUUUUGGGCUGCCCAGGGACUUUGAUGCUGCCUAAUCUAAGGCUCUAAGCUAAAUAUCAUUAGGCACGGAAGUACUUGUCUGAUUGUCUCUUUACCAUUUAGAAUAGAAUAUCAUUUGGUGCUAGACUUUUAUGAUUGUCUCUUUACCAUUUAGAAUAGAAUAUCAUUUGGUGCUAGACUUUUAUGCACCGUCUGAUGAGGUUCUCUGUUCGGCAUGACUCCUCCUUUUAGAGCUUCGUAGUCACUUUUUUUUAACUUGCUGUAUCAGAAGUCUAUUAGUGAAAGCAAGUAAAUAACAAAAAGAUAGAUGCUAUAGAAGUGACCGAAUAAAAAGGUCGUUUUAGGCUAAUCACAAUUCUCUACAUCAAUAAAUGUCCGCAAGUUUAUAGGUAUUUACUCAGUCAAUUCAGUUUUUUC